AACAACUCACCCCUUCACCCUCAAUUCCAUCUCUCAUAAUGUCACAAACCCUAGCACGUGCCGCCACCUCCACCCUCACGCGCCACCUCACUAUCUCUUUUCUCUUCCCUAAACGCCACCUCUCCACCGCUUCCAUCACCCACCCUCCUCGCAUCCCUUCUCUCCUCUUCUCUCGUCGCCCUCUUACCCCCCUUUUCCACGCCGUCCGAUCUCUCCCUCUCGGUCCCACGCGCUUCACCUCCAUCAGAUGCCGCGUCAACCGCUCUGGAAACUCUGCUUAUUCCCCGCUGAACUCGGGGUCAAACUUCAGUGACCGGCCACCUACCGAAAUGGCCCCGCUUUUUCCCGGAUGUGAUUAUGAGCAUUGGCUUAUUGUUAUGGACAAGCCUGGUGGAGAAGGAGCUACUAAGCAGGAAAUGAUUGAUUGCUAUAUCCAAACCCUUGCUAAAGUCGUUGGCAGUGAGGAGGAAGCUAAGAAGAAGAUCUACAAUGUUUCCUGUGAGAGAUACUUUGGAUUCGGCUGCGAGAUUGAUGAGGAGACCUCAAAUAAGCUAGAAGGAUUGCCUGGUGUUCUCUUUGUGCUUCCGGAUUCUUAUGUUGAUCCCGAAUAUAAGGACUAUGGAGCUGAGCUGUUUGUUAAUGGCGAGAUUGUUCAAAGGUCACCCGAAAGACAAAGGAGGGUGGAACCACAGCCCCAGAGAGCGCAAGACAGACCAAGAUACAACGACAGGACUCGUUACGUGCGUCGCAGAGAAAACAUGCGGUGAAACAUUUGAUUACAAAGAAUAGCUAUAUAGAAAUCUUGGAAGCAAUGAGCUUUCUGAUGUGAUCCUGGAGAUAUCGAAGCAUUAUUCUGAGGAUGCAGAUAAUGCUUUGCUGUUGAAUGUUAUUUUUCUGGUCUUGAAUAUUCUAUGCUAGAGUUCCCCACUUGAAACUGUUGUAUGAACUCUGAUAUGAAAUGCUCAGCGUAGAAUGCAAGUCCCUUUGUUUAUUUUCCUUCUUUCCCCAUGUUUCACCAACAUUGAUGAGUUAUGAUUAGGAAUUACAACGGGUCGGAUCGAGAUGAAUUUUUGUUCAAUCUUGAAUCCAAUUUGAAUUUA